UUGAAAAUGGCGAUAUUAGAGGCGCUUGCGUGGCGUCGAUCAGCUGAUAUUUAAUUACACCACGUGUUUGUGCACUCCAAAACGUAUUCAUAAUAUUGUUUAGAUGUGCGAAUAAAUAUUCAAUUAAUGUUAAUAAAAAUGCCUCUUGAAAAGACAUUGGCUUUACCACAGAAAAAAUAUUAUCGACAACGUGCUCAUUCCAAUCCUAUUGCUGAUCAUUGUAUUGAAUACCCAACAAAGCCUCAGCUGGUAGAUUGGAACUCUUUAUAUCCAUAUUUUUUUUCUCAUUCCGAAAAUGAUAAAUGUUUGUCAAACAAGCAAGUUGAGUUUGCUGACAUUGGAUGUGGCUAUGGUGGCUUACUUGUUAGCUUAUCACCAAUGUUUCCUGAGAGUCUCAUAUUGGGUAUGGAAAUCAGAGUGAAGGUUUCUGAUUAUGUUAUGGAUAGAAUUGCAGCUUUAAGAACACAAAAUCCUAAUCAAUAUCAGAACAUAGCUUGUUUAAGAACUAACGCCAUGAAAUAUCUACCAAAUUAUUUCACAAAAGGCCAGUUGAAAAAAAUGUUUUUCUUAUACCCUGAUCCACAUUUCAAGAAGGCUAAACAUAAAUGGAGAAUAAUAAAUAAAACUUUGUUAGCUGAAUAUGCUUAUGUACUAGCAGAACAAGGAAUAGUUUAUACAGUAACUGAUGUAAAAGACCUCCAUGAAUGGAUUGUAAAACACUUUGAAGAACAUUGUCUGUUCCAAAGAAUUUCUGAUGACGAAUUAAAAAAUGAUCCUGUGAUACCAAAACUUUAUGAAAGCACUGAAGAAGGCCAAAAAGUUACGAGGAAUAAAGGUGAUAAGUAUUUAGCUGUCUUUCGUCGAAUACCCGAUCCUUAUAUUCCUGACAAUGAUAGAUAACAUUAAUUAAGUUCAAUUUUCAAGUUUAUGAUGUAUAUUUUAUAUUCUUUGUAAUUACAAUUGAAUAAAUAUUUACAAAGCGUGA